UUCUCUUCUUCUUCUCUCUUCUCCCCUCGUGUAGCUGAGAGGAAGGAAAGGAAGAAAGAGAAGUAGUCAGCUCAAAUGUGCCUCGCUGCGCUGCCGGGGCGCGGGGGCUUGGCUGGAAGGAUCUAGUUUCCCUUCGGCGGCAGGAGGAGGAGGCGGCAGAGACGGACAGCCAGACAUGCCCGUCCCGUCGGGAGGCUGCUGGCUCCUUCUCCUGUGCCUCGCUGCCGCCGGCGAGCAGCUGUCACUACAAAUCACUCCGCCGUGUGAGAGUGAACAACACUAUGAGUACUCUGGACGGUGCUGCAGGAAGUGUGAGCCAGGGAAGUAUUUGUCUGCUAGAUGCACUGCUACUUCUGAUAGCAUUUGCCUGCCAUGUGGCCCAAACGAAUAUAUGGAUGUCUGGAAUGAAGAAGAUAAAUGCUUACUACAUAAAAUAUGUGAUCAAGGGAAAGCCUUGAGAGAGGUGAACCCAGGGAACAGCACGUUCCAGCGGCAGUGUGCUUGUACGAUGGGCUACCACUGGAGCGAGGACUGCGACUGCUGUCAGCGAAACACCAUGUGUGCUCCUGGACUCGGAGUCAAGCCUCCUGUGCAACAAGACAGGGACACAAUGUGCAUACCAUGUCCCAGAGGCUACUUCUCCAAGGUCUUUUCAUCCACCGACGAGUGUAAAUCCUGGACCAACUGUACAGCUCUAGGAUUGGAAGAAAGUGUGCCUGGGACUGACAAGUCUGAUGCAGUUUGUAAAGAACGGAAGAUGCCUGAGCCAUCAGAAGAUGGAACAAACAGGAUCUUAUACGUGUUGAUUGUCAUUUUGUUUUUUGUGACACUAAUUGGCAUUGUCGUCUUCAUCGUGUACUACAAGAAGAAGGGGAAAAAGCUGACAGCAGAUCUACAGAACUGGGCUAAUGAAGUGUGCAGCCAAAUAAAAGGAACAAAGGAACCCCCCAGAGAUGCAUUUGUUAGUGUGAACAUCACAAAUGCUGCUGUCCCCCAGACUGCUGAAGACACGAGUCUCCUGGUCCCCUCGGGCUCUCCUGUCCCUGGAAACUCGUGCUGCACCUCUGGUCACACUCCUUGCAGGAAUGAGAGCCCCAGCACAGAGCCUUGUGAGACAGGAGAGUUUUCUGUGGUGACCGAGACUGAUGAUUACCAAUUCCCACCAGUUCCCACAGAAGAUGAAUACAUGGAUAAGGAUCUCAGUAACACUGAUUAUUUAUCGUUACUAAGUCGGACUGCCAGUAAAGCCGUGUCAUCAUUUUCAGAACCAAUGGAGGCGGGGGAGAAUGACAGCUUGAACCAGUACUUUUCAGGUAUUGGGAGCACAGAGGAUGUAUCAGUCUCUCAAGGCUUUCACCCUCCCUCCAACACGGACAGGGCACACAUUGCCACCGAACAACUUCUACAGAAAUCUUGCCAACAUGCCCACAGUUGCCUGAAGGAAACAUGCAACAAAGACACAGAUCAUUUUGCAACAAACUGUGACUCAGAGAAGAUCUGUGUGAGGUGUGGCAUUUUGUACAGAGAAUCUCCCAGAAAGUGUAACAAACCCUAUUGUGCUGCAGCUGACAGCACCUCCACCUCCCCAGAAACUGGUUCCUGUGCCCAGUGCACCUGUGGUUUGAAUUUUCUCUCUGCUGGUCAGAGCACUCUAACAAAUGAUCUUGGUGUGGAAGAUGCACCUUCAGAUAGUACCAACAUGAAGUACCAGAACACAAACAGAAGCACUUCAGGGACCCACGGAAGCACUUCAGGGACAAGCAGCAGCACUUCAGACCUCCCUCCAGCAUCUGGAAAUGUGACUGGAAACAGUAACUCCACCUUUAUUUCAAGUGGACAAGUAAUGAAUUUCAAGGGCGACAUCAUUGUUGUCUACCUUAGCCAGAACUCUCAGGAGGGGGCAGCGGCCUCGGGGCUGAGCGAGGAGAACGUGGGCAGCCCCGUGCAGGAGGAGAACCUGAGCCGCUGCGAGACUUUCGCCGGCAACGCCCAGCACUACAAGGAGAAGUGUGCGGAGCUGCAGGGCGCCCGCCCGGGCGGUGGACAAGCCUCCCCGCCCGUGCAGGAGGAAGGGAAGCUGGGACACUUCUCGGAGAAGGUGUUGAACUGAGGGGACGCGGUGU